UCCUUGAAACCACACAAUAUACACAGAUCAUUUGUUGCUAUGUUUUCUUCUCUUUACAGUUCCCUUGGCAGACUGAUGAUUGUGUGUGAACUCAGGGCUGUGCAUCCCCCACCCCCAAAGCAUACAACAAGCACAUACAGUCACAGAACUCAGACCAGGCAACCUUUCAAAUAAGAACCAUGAUGACAGUGUCCAUCCUAGUUUAAGAAAUCCUCAUACCACAGGAAAAGACAGAAUCUUCUGUCAUUCAUUGCUUGGUGCCCACAGUCUGUUGUCCUCGCUCAUAAAAUCCUUGAAUUAUAAGGAUGCAUCGUGAAUAAACUAGGUAUUGUGACUGGAAGCUGUACUUGCAAUGUACAGUUACUAUUGGCCAGUAUUGUUGGCAUGUCUGCUAGGGUGAGGUGGGGAUGAGGAAAAUUGUAAUGGGGAGUAAAAUGCACACAAAUUGCAUCAAAGCAUCAAUAGGAGAACCUCAAAUCUCACCACUUCUUAAAUGCUCUUUUUGCAUUACAAUAAAUGUGGAUCUUUAGAAACAGCUCUGGUAGGAAGGUCAGCCCAGCCGCCCAAGCACAGUUUGCUGGGCCUAGAAGAGGGGGUCUGAUCUGAAAAAAAAAACUCUUGUCCUUCAGCUGCUGAUUUGGCCCCUUGUCACAGGCACCACGAGAGCAUGGAUAAUGCUGCCCAUAAAGGAAAAAGAGGGGCCCAGGCCAUCCAGCAGCACUGUGUUGGAAUAUCAGUUGCUUUUGAGACACUUCUAGUAGGCUCCCCCUCGCUUGGGCUUGAUGGAAGCAAUAUAAAACAAGGCAAGUGGCUGCCCAUAGGAAACUUCCAUUAAAACAACAGUUUUAAGUCCUUCUGUUGAUCACAUAAGUAGGAACUAUUUACAAGAUGCUCAUGCACCAUUAAGUUCACACCAAGUUAUUUCCUAAUUCAGCCAUUUGAAAUGGGAAGAUUCCCUGAGAACUGCCCGAAAGUACUGCAGUGAAGUUACAGAGCAUGUUUUCAGGAUUCAAACAACAGGUGGGAGUAGAACAUUAGAGCAGGGCUGGUAUCAAGGCACAGGUGAUAAACGGGAGCCAAAGCUGCCCAGAGCACUUCUCAGAAGCAAGGCAGCUGCAGAUAGGGACUCUCAGCAUGUACCAGCACCCAGGGCUAGUCCUUACCAUGUGCUUGAAUCACAAGCUCAAUGGUGCGAGUAAUAGCUGAAUUUUGUGCAUACACAGCUUUUUCUCAUCAAUUCAGCAAUAAAUGUAGCAAGUUCUAAUGGAGGUGUUGAUGUUUGCAUCUUAAGAUGCCCAGCAAGCCAAAGGCAGAAGCAAAAAGAUCAUUUAAGACUCAAUGCUCUUCCAUACAAGUCAACAGGAGCUCCAGAACAUCCUGUGGGUCUUCGGAACACCUCCUACCAACCCAGGGGGGUCACUUGUCUCUACUGGAGGGCUGCAUGAAGGCAAUCCAAGCUGCCAAGGCAGUAUUUUUGCAGCUCAAAGCCCUCAGCCCACCACGGCCAGAGCUCAGAGUAGGCUCUGCAACCUUCCAACACCGGUGAACGCAACUCUUCCUUGUAGGUGCUCUACCUCUUCCUUCUCUACAAUGAAUAGGGCCAAAAAGCAAGCCUUGUUUUCCCACUCCCAUUCUCCUAGUAUUCCUUCCAUAGCUUACUUGUCCGUGCUGGCAGACCUCCUAUCCCUUCAUUUUCCUCUCUCUGCUUCCCUCCCUUUCCCCCUCCCCCUGCUUUCUCUCCCUCUGCACUUUGUGAACUGCUGCUGCAGUGCUGAAGUCCAAAGUUCAGUAACUUGCUAAGCACACAGAUAAAUAUGAACCUUGGAGAAUUUACCAAUGUAAACAGAUAGCCAAGGGUCCCUUUAUCAGCACUGGCUCAGGACAGUCGUGGGGGGUCUGAAGUGGCUCAAUUUUGUAUUUUGUUUUUUUUGGGGGGGCGUAAAGGCGGGAGGCUGCGCUGUGCCCGCUGCUGACAGUCGGGCGUGUUACCUCGGGAACAUGGUGUAGGGAAGCUGGAAGCAGGAUAACGUGGAACUCAAGCCCAAGAAACACCAGCCUGAAGACCAUGGUCUCGAAGCUGAGCCAUCUUCAAGUGGAGCUGCUGGGAGCGCUGCUGGAGUCAGGGCUAACCAAGGAGACCCUGAUCAAGGCACUGAGCGAAGCGGAACCCUACAUGCUCCAGAGUGAAAGUCAGCAUGCUAUCAAUGCCCUGCAGACAGAGAAAGGGGAGUCCUGCCCCGAAAUCCCCAAUCUCCCCAAUGGAAUGGGGGAAACCAGGUUAUCGGAAGAUGAAACCUCUGAUGAUGGAGAGGAAUUUACCCCUCCGAUAAUGAAGGAGCUGGAAAACUUGAGCCCUGAGGAGGCUGCUCACCAGAAGGCUGUGGUGGAAAGACUAUUACAAGAGGAUCCCUGGCGGGUAGCAAAGAUGGUGAAAUCCUACCUCCAGCAGCACAACAUCCCUCAGCGCGAGGUGGUGGACACUACUGGUCUGAACCAAUCCCACCUCUCACAGCACCUCAACAAGGGCACUCCCAUGAAGACCCAAAAAAGGGCAGCCCUCUACACCUGGUAUGUCCGCAAGCAGCGAGAGGUGGCCCAGCAGUUCACACAUGCUGGUCAGGGGAUCUUGACAGAGGAGCCCAUGGGAGACGAUCUGCCCACCAAGAAGGGACGAAGAAACCGCUUUAAGUGGGGGCCGGCCUCCCAACAGAUUCUGUUCCAAGCCUAUGAGAGACAAAAGAACCCCAGCAAAGAAGAGAGAGAGGCACUAGUAGAAGAGUGCAACAGAGCAGAGUGUAUCCAGAGAGGCGUUUCCCCAUCUCAGGCCCAGGGUCUGGGCUCAAACCUGGUGACCGAGGUGCGAGUGUACAACUGGUUUGCCAACCGCAGGAAGGAGGAGGCUUUCCGGCACAAACUGGCCAUGGACAACUUCAGCAGCCCGCAGCCCACCUCUGCUCCCCCCCUCACACCUCACAACUCUUCCUCCCUUCAGCCACCUCCUGCUCUUUCACCCACCAAAGUUCACGGAGUGAGGUACAACCAGCAGCCAGCCAGUGAGGCAGAGUCCUCCAGCAGCAACCACCACGGGAACAGCUCCAUGGUGACCACCCAAACCAUCCUGCAUCAGGUUUCUCCCCCUGGGCUGGAGCCCAGCCAGAACCUACUGAGCACAGACACCAAGCUGAUCUCAGCUCCUGGAGGAACUCUCCCCCCCGUCAGCACCCUGACUGCCCUGCACAGCCUGGAGCAGAACCCCCACACGCUGGGUCAGCAAACCCAGAACCUCAUCAUGGCAUCCCUGCCCGGAGUGAUGGCAAUCGGAGCCGGUGAGACCCCAUCCCUGGCACCUGCAUUCACCAACACCGGCGGCUCCACCCUGGUAAUAGGCCUGACUUCAACCCAGCCCCAGAGCGUACCUGUGAUAAACAGCAUGGGGAGCAGCCUCACCACCCUGCAGCCAGUCCAGUUCUCCCAGCAGCUGCACCCGUCCUACCAGCAGCCCCUCAUGCAGCAAGUCCAGGGCCACAUCAACCAGAGCCCCUUCAUGGCUACCAUGGCCCAGAUACAGAACCCCCACGCUCUCUACGGCCCCAAGUCUGAAGUGGCCCAAUACACACAUACAGGCCUCCUACCACAAACCAUGGUGAUAACAGACACAGCCAAUCUCAGCGCCCUGACUAACCUGACACCAACUAAACAGGCAUUCACAUCUGACUCAGAAACCCACACAGAUUCUGGGAUCCAUACACCAGUGUCACAGGCACCAGCAAUACACCUACAGAACCAAGACACAACCAUCCAGCACCUUCAGUCUGGCCCUCGCCUCACCUCAAGCCCUGCUGUGUCCUCCAGCAGCCUGGUGCUGUACCAGAGCUCUGACUCCACCAACAGCCACAGUCAGCUGCUGCCAUCCACUCAUAACGUCAUUGAGACCUUCAUCUCCACGCAGAUGGCAUCCUCCACUCAGUAACACCAGGACAGCCACCCAAGGGGAGGCUGCCAGGACCAAGGCAUAAGGUGCAACUCCAGCUGUGUUUGCCACCACUGUCACCACUGCCUUCCACUGGAAGGAACAGUUGCUGCAGUCAGCCAACCUCUACUGCCUCACAAAUCCCUCAUUCAGCUGCCUCCAGUGGCAAUGGCUCAGAACAGGAGCUAUGGAACAGUGAUGCUGGCGCUGAUAGGAUUCACUGACCCCCAAAACCAAACCCAACCCCACAAGCCAGCCUAGAAUGACCAGACAUCCUUGUGGCUGCUGAAGGAGUGCAAUAAAGUCAGAGAUCUGACUGGAAUACAGCAAAACAAUGCCAAGAUGUAGGCAGAACUUUGGUUGGACCUGUACAAACCUGCCAACACCAAAGUAAGCCACACAGAAAAGAGAAAAAUUGAGCUGCCAAAAAAGGAACUCUAUCUUUAAAGCACUCUCCACCUUUGCUAUAAGGAAACCUCAAUUGGAAUUAUGAGAGAUAACGUCAACUUGGAGGCAAGAGUGAGAACCUGGCUUCUGACUUUGCAAUGAGAAUCACCAAGAAACUGAAUCAGAAAUGGUUUGACAAAAACCUGUCAAGUAUGAGAUCAUGGACUACGAGUUGUAAGCCCCUUAAUUAACUACAAAAUCCCAAGCAUUCUCAGUUCAAAAUGACCUACUCUAAAAUCAUGCUAUCCUAGUGGAAAUGGCUUGGUUACUUUUUUAUAUAUAUAUAUAGCUCUGCUUUGUUUUAAAUGCAGAAAUUAAAGUUAAACAGCAGCAAUGAGACUUCA